AUGGCGUCGAAAGCUUUCUUGAUUGCAUUAGCUGUUGUUGCUGCAAUUGUUGCUCCGACAAGGGCAAAGGAAAUUGUGGUCGGAGGUAAAGAUGGUUGGAUGUUCGGGAUGGAUUAUCAGGCCUGGGCUGAUGGAAUCGAAUUCCACGUUGGAGAUACCUUAGUGUUUAACUACAAACCUAGAGCACACAAUGUCAUCAAAGUAAAUGGAACCGAGUUCAAACAGUGCGCAGCACCACUCGGGGCUGCUCCAUUAACCUCCGGUCACGAUGUAAUCACCCUCGCCGCUCCCGGAAGGAAAUGGUACAUUUGUGGCUUUCCCGACCAUUGCCACACUGGACAAAUGAAGUUUGCCAUUACUGUCCAGCCCGGUUUAGGAUCUCCUUCACCUGCACCUGCUCUAACUCCUCCCAAACCCGAUGCUGGAGCAGCCACCGGAUUUGGUCCCUCAAAAACUUUAUCUUGGAUGAUUGCUGCAUUGGCCGCCUUCAUGAUGAUCAUGGCUUGACGGAGAUUCAGGAGUAACCUUUACUACUAUUUAUACUUGUUUGAAAGCAGAAAGGCUCACAGGUUUCAUUUUUUUUCCAGUCCUUGUAAUCCAUUUAUUUCUACUUGUUUACGUAACACAUUCAGUCAGUUAAUGCAAUGCAUGAGGAUUUGUACGAGCUUUGAAUAAUACAGCAUCUUGAUCCCGUUGUCGCUUUAUUUGAGUAAUUAUUUUUUACAGUAG